AACAAUAAAUUUAUGGCUCCGUCCCUACAAGUAGCAGUGUAGAACAUCAGAAGGUAUAAUCCGUUUCUCUGCUCAACAGUUUCCUUCAUUCUUCAGCAAUAUACCAACCCAGACAGACCGUCGGGAUCACCUCGAAGGAUGUCGGGAUCAUCGGCAGCACGACAUCUCCUGGUUCUGGGUUCCUUUGCUAUCUUGGUGCAGCUCCUUUGCGUUGCUAAUGCUCAAAAUCAAUCUCAGCCAACUACAGACCCUGAUGAAGCUAAAAUACUAAACUCCAUAUUUCAACAAUGGGGAAUAUCAGCCCAGGCUCAAUGGAACUUAAGCGGUGAGCUUUGCAGCGGAGUCGCCUUAGACAUUACUGUCUUCGACAGCGGGACUUACAACCCUAUCAUCACAUGCCAAUGCGAAAACUCCACUUGCCACAUUACCCAACUGAAAGUUUAUGCCUUGAGCAUUGUAGGUGUGAUUCCAGAUGCACUUUGGAAUUUGACUUACCUCACCAAUCUGGAUUUGCGUCGAAAUCGUUUGACUGGUCCUUUAUCUACAUCUAUUGGCAAUCUAAUUCAAAUGCAAUGGCUGAGUUUUGGCACUAAUGCUUUAUCCGGUAAGGUUCCACAGGAACUUGGACUACUUACUGAUUUAAGAUCAUUGUCAAUUACUUCAAAUAACUUCUCUGGUCCUUUGCCAUCUGAGCUUGGGAAUUGUUUGAGAUUGGAACAACUUUACAUUAGCAGCUCUGGAGUUAGUGGUGACAUUCCUUUGACAUUUGCUAGGCUACAAAAUUUAGCUAUACUAUGGGCAUCUGACACUAAACUCACAGGCAAGAUACCUGACUUUAUUGGGAAUUGGUCAAAGCUUAAUACUUUGAGGUUUCAAGGAAAUUCUUUUGAUGGUCCAAUACCUCCAACCUUUGCUAAUCUAACUUCAAUGAAAGAAUUGAGGAUUAAUGGUUUGUUUAAUGGAAGCUCUACGUUGGAAUUUAUUAAGGAUAUGAAGUCCUUAAGCAUCUUGUAAGGCGAUCCAAAUUUGACAUCUAGUUGAAUUUGUUUUCUUUUAUUGUCAAACACACACUAAAGUUCAUUCUUCCUUUUCUUGGUCUUCAAUAAUUUAGUUACAUGUCUUGCAGAGAAAUAAGGAACAGUAACAUUU